CCGGUCCCGGGCAGCAGCUCAGACCCCUGCCCCCCUACAGCCAGCCGCCUGGGCCGGGCCGAGGAUGCGGCGCAGCGCCAGGCUCGCUCUCCUCCGGCCCGCUUGCUAACUUCCUCGGCUUCGUCCUUGUCCGCCAGCGGAGCCGCCCCGUGUCCUCGCGCCCUCCGGGUCGGGUCCUCCAGGCGCGCCGGGAGCUGCCUCUGUGUCCCCCGCUGUCCGCCCGUGCCCCGUCCUCGCCCGGUCAUGCUGCCCCUGUGCCUCGUGGCCGCGCUGCUGCUGGCCGCCGGGCCCGGGCCGAGCCUGGGCGACGAAGCCAUCCACUGCCCGCCCUGCUCCGAGGAGAAGCUGGCGCGCUGCCGCCCCCCCGUGGGCUGCGAGGAGCUGGUGCGAGAGCCGGGCUGCGGCUGUUGCGCCACUUGCGCCCUGGGCAAGGGGAUGCCCUGCGGGGUGUACACCCCCCGCUGCGGCUCCGGCCUGCGCUGCUACCCGCCCCGGGGCGUGGAGAAGCCCCUGCACACGCUGGUGCACGGGCAAGGCGUGUGUAUGGAACUGGCAGAGAUCGAGGCUAUCCAGGAAAGCCUGCAGCCCUCUGACAAGGACGAGGGUGAUCACCCCAAUAACAGCUUCAGCCCCUGCAGCGCCCAUGACCGCAGGUGCCUGCAGAAGCACUUCGCCAAAAUUCGAGACCGGAGCACCAGUGGGGGCAAGAUGAAGGUCAUCGGGGUCCCUCGGGAGGAAGCCCGGCCUGUGCCCCAGGGCUCCUGCCAGAGUGAGCUGCACCGGGCCCUGGAGCGGCUGGCCGCCUCGCAGAGCCGCACCCACGAGGACCUCUACAUCAUCCCCAUUCCCAACUGCGACCGCAACGGCAACUUCCACCCCAAGCAGUGCCACCCGGCCCUGGAUGGGCAGCGCGGCAAGUGCUGGUGUGUGGACCGGAAGACGGGAGUGAAGCUUCCGGGGGGCCUGGAGCCGAAGGGGGAGCUGGACUGCCAUCAGUUGGCUGACAGCUUCCGCGAGUGAGCCCUGUCAGCAGGCGGGGGGCUCCCUGCUCCCUGCUGCCCCCUCCCCUGGAGGCUGCAGAGCUGACCUGGAGCCUGGGUCUGAGUCCUGGCCCUGCUUCUGGCCCAGAAGUUUCCCUUGGGGUGUGUUUGUGUGUGUGCAUGUGUGCUUAUGAGCAUGGGUGUGCCCUUGGGGUGAGCCGAAGCCUAGGGGUGUCCUUUGGGCUUAGAUAGCCUGAGAGAGCCCUGGUAUGUUUCCAAAUUGAUCCUGGAUUCAUUCAGCCCUUCCGCCAUCUAUAAACACUUCUUGACCACAUACUACAUGUCAGCUGUAGUGUUCAGCCCUGCGGGCUCUUAUUUUGACUCCCUCUGAUUUAGACAUGUGAGGCCACCCUCCUAUAAGGUGAGCACAAGUCUGUAGGAGAAGAAAAGUCCCAGUCCCAUAAGGAGGGGAGGAAAAUAGACAUGUACCUUGACCGUUGUCCCUCCCCCUCAAACCAGUCAGAGGGUGGAGGCCAUAGGGAAAGUGUGGGGUAGCAGAUGACUCAGUGGUUAGGAGACCGACUGAGACCCAAUUCCAAAGCUAAAGCCUGCCAGGCUCCCCUUUACUCCCCCCCGGGUCCCUCCAGGGGGAAGGACCUGCAGGGACAAGCCCACCUUAGCUUUGUUGCUUGGCAACUGAGACCCUGCUUUGGGGGAGGGAAGAGGUCAGCGGAAGGCCUGCAGGACAGAGGGCUGGGGAGGUGGGGCCCAUCUCUAAGCAGUCAGGGGAGGAGGAAAGAAUGCACAGCUGGACUGCAUGUGCCUGAUGGAGAAAGGAAACCACAUGCUGGGAGGUGAGGGCCUUACCUGGGGUCCUGCUUCCUCCCCCAUUUGUGGUCACAGCCAGAAGUCACCAGGAUGACUCCAUCCUUCAGUGGCUCACUGUCUGUGGCUCUGCCUCCCUCCCCACACCUCCUUCCCUGGACCUUCCUCCCCGAUAUUUCCCUACCCACUGGGCAUUUUCUGGCUUGACUGGAUGGAAAGAGACUUAGGAACCUACCAGUUGGCCAUGAUGUCUUGUCUAUUUUUUUUUUUUUUUUUUUUUUUUUUUUUUUUUUUAACAAAACAGAACAAAACCAAAAAAACCGUAGACAA